AUGCCUGGUGAUAUUUUUAUCACUGAAAAAUAUAUCUAUGUUGCAGACUUGGGGAAUUCCGAUGUGGUAAGAUUUUUCAAAAAUAGAACAAGUCCAGAGAUCAUUGCAGGAAUUAAAGGUCAAUAUGGAAAUUCAGAUAAUACGUCAACUAUCGGUUUUUGCUAUAGCAUUUUUGUCGACAAAAAUGAGAACUUGUAUGUUAGUGACUUUACUAACAACAGAGUGGUUCGUUACUCACCAAAUUCAUCAAGUGGUAUGCCUGGUAUGAUAAUAGCUGGAAAUGGUACUUCUGGAAACGACAGCUCACAGUUAAAUAUCCCAUGGGGAAUAUUUGUCAAUGAAGUUGAAACAUUGUAUGUUGUGGAUUCUUUCAACCAUAGAGUUCAAAUAUGGAAUAAUGGAGCUUCUUUCGGUGUGACAGUGGCUGGUACUGGAGUUAAUGGUAAUAGUUUAUCCGAAUUAUCGUAUCCAUCAGCAAUUGUUGUUGAUCUGAAUGGAUAUAUGUAUAUAGUUGAUAAAGGAAAUAGUCGAAUUGUUCGAUGGGCACCGAAUUCGAAUACUGGUGAAUGUAUUGCGGCUUGUACGGGUAUUACUGAUAUUGGAAUAGAUAUUCUACAUUGGCCGAAUGCAUUGGCAUUUGAUAGCUAUGGAUCUCUUUUUAUUAGCGAUGGAAACAACAAUCGGGUCCAAAAGUUCGAGAUACUUGACUGUUUUAGUGAGUAA